CCCGGGAGGCGGCAGGCGGCGGUGUGCGGGCUGCUCCUGGGGCUGGGGUGCCAUGGCGGGCAGCCCAGGCAGCGGGGCCUCCUUGGAGGGUAUAUCCCUGGGCUCCUCUGAGGAAGCGGAGCUCCGGAGGGAAGCCAUGCAGCAAGUCCUGGACAACCUGGGAUCCCUCCCUAAUGCCACGGGGGCUGCGGAGCUGGACCUGAUCUUCCUUCGAGGCAUUAUGGAAAGUCCCAUAGUAAGAUCCCUGGCCAAGGCCCACGAAAGGCUGGAGGAGACGAAGCUGGAAGCUGUCCGAGACAACAACCUGGAGCUGGUGCAGGAGAUCCUGCGGGACCUGGCGCAGCUGGCGGAGCAGAGCAGCACCGCCGCUGAGCUGGCCCGCAUCCUCCAGGAGCCCCACUUCCAGUCCCUUCUGGAGACGCACGACUCUGUGGCCUCAAAGACCUAUGAGACACCACCUCCCAGCCCUGGCCUGGACCCCACAUUCAGCAACCAGCCGGUACCUCCCGACGCAGUGCGCAUGGUGGGCAUCCGCAAGACAGCUGGAGAGCAUCUGGGUGUGACGUUCCGCGUGGAGGGCGGUGAGUUGGUGAUCGCGCGCAUUCUGCACGGGGGCAUGGUGGCUCAGCAAGGCCUGCUGCACGUGGGCGACAUCAUCAAGGAGGUGAACGGGCAACCGGUGGGCAGCGACCCCCGCGCGCUGCAGGAGCUCCUGCGCAGCGCCAGCGGCAGCGUCAUCCUCAAGAUCCUGCCCAGCUACCAGGAGCCCCAUCUGCCCCGCCAGGUAUUUGUCAAAUGCCACUUUGACUAUGACCCGGUCCGAGACAGCCUCAUCCCCUGCAAGGAAGCAGGCCUACGUUUCAACGCUGGGGACUUGCUCCAGAUUGUAAACCAGGACGAUGCCAACUGGUGGCAGGCAUGCCACGUAGAAGGGGGCAGUGCCGGGCUCAUCCCCAGCCAGCUGCUGGAGGAGAAGCGGAAAGCAUUUGUCAAGCGGGACCUGGAGCUGACACCGACCUCAGGGACCCUAUGCGGCAGCCUUUCAGGAAAGAAAAAGAAGAGAAUGAUGUAUUUGACCACCAAGAAUGCAGAGUUUGACCGCCACGAGCUGCUCAUUUACGAGGAGGUGGCCCGCAUGCCCCCAUUCCGCCGGAAAACCCUGGUGCUGAUUGGCGCUCAGGGUGUGGGCCGGCGCAGCCUGAAGAACAAGCUCAUCAUGUGGGAUCCAGAUCGCUACGGCACCACGGUGCCCUACACAUCCCGGCGACCCAAGGACUCAGAGCGGGAAGGCCAGGGUUACAGCUUCGUGUCCCGGGGGGAGAUGGAGGCUGACAUCCGUGCUGGGCGCUACCUGGAACAUGGCGAAUACGAGGGCAACCUGUAUGGCACACGCAUCGACUCCAUCCGGGGUGUGGUCGCUGCCGGCAAGGUGUGCGUGCUGGAUGUCAACCCCCAGGCAGUGAAGGUGCUGAGAACAGCCGAGUUUGUCCCAUACGUGGUGUUCAUCGAGGCCCCGGACUUUGAGACUCUGCGGGCCAUGAACCGGGCUGCGCUGGAGAGCGGAGUGUCCACCAAGCAGCUGACGGAGGCGGACCUGAGGCGGACGGUGGAGGAGAGCAGCCGCAUCCAGAGGGGCUACGGGCACUACUUUGACCUCAGCCUGGUGAACAGCAACCUGGAGAGGACCUUCCGCGAGCUCCAGGCAGCCAUGGAGAAGCUGCGGACGGAGCCCCAGUGGGUGCCCGUCAGCUGGGUGUACUGAGCCUGUUCAGCCGGGCCUCAGCCCCUCAUGUUGAGACCCAGAACCUGAAUCCAUCCCCUUCCCCACCCGUGGCCCCUGCCGCAGUCCUUAGCCUCCACCCCUGGCUCUCCUUGGGUAACAGCUCCCAGUGGGCCCUAGGUCUGGCUCCAGCGCGGAGGCGUGUACUGCCAGGGAGGUGGGCCUUCAUGGGGUACCUCUGUGCCCAGGUGCUGCCUACUCCCAAUGUCUAUUGGCCACUAGAUAUCCCCCUCUGAGGGCCAAGCUGUGCCCAGGAGUAUGUCAGCAUCCCCUCCAUAAUGCUCAGUCCAGAGAAGAAAAAAGCUGCUUUGGGACAACAUGGUCAGUAGGUACAUUGCCCCCUGACACCUCUCCCCAGUUACCCGUUCUCCUCAGGACUGGCCACCCUCACCCUGUUCCUGGGCUCCUCCCACCUGUCACCUCUGCAUCCUAGAAGCAGGCCUUGGGCUGUUUCCAUGUGGCAAGGGGAGCCAGGCCCACUGGCAGCCAGGCAGCCCUGGGCAGUGGUGCUAGCCUGGUGCCAUCUCGAAGGCUGGAGGGGCCAAAGUGAGAGCCAGUGGCCCCAGCUGGGGAGCAGUGCAGCUCUCAGCUUCCUCAUAGAGGGGCAGGGUCCCAGGGGUAUAUGCUGCUCUGUCCCUCCCUCGCCCAUAGCGUCUCACUGCCAGAGUCUCUCCACAGACUUCCCCAGUUGCCCAGCAGGUCAGCCCUGCUGCCUGUGGGCGAGGCUGGCAGGGGCCAGCGGGUCAGCCGGGGGAGGGAUGGGUUGGAGGGCUGAGCCCUGUGACGAGGAGCCUGCUACUAUUGACCGAAGAGCCCCCAGCUCUCUGUGGCCCACAGUGGGGACACAUUUGGGCGCCCAGACCAUGACCUUUGUCCAUUUUGGCCUUCUUUUGGGCUGGGUCCAGGUAGCCCACUUGCAUCAGGGCUGCUGGCCUGGAGGGGCUGAGGAGGAGUGCGGGGGCACCUUGAGAGCCCCAGAGCAUCGUGCAUGGGCUUGGAGAGGGAUGGUUGCCCUCUGGCAGGUUCCUCAUGCACAACUCCAGGGGGCGCCAUUCACACUGUAGUCUGCACAGCCUGUGGGUCCGUGUGCUGGGGCGCCUGUUCUUGUUCCUGGCACUGGUGUGUGUGUGUGUGUGCGCGCGCGUGUGUGGGGGUGGUUUGGUUUUGGUGGAGGGGAGAGAAUGGCCCCUUUCUGGGGGUUCCCCACCAUCUCCAUUUCUUAUGAAACCUUUGUCCCAGAUUCCAGAGCCUUGCCUCCCCAGAUGUCUCCUCUGCUCUUAUUAUGCCCCCACCCUAGAUGCCACCCUCCAGUCCUUGGGGAGGGCAGUUUUGUAAAAUAGGAGAAUCCCCUUUAAGAAAAGAAUGCUGUCCUAGACUCCCCCAGGCAUCUCAUCCUCAUCCCUCUUCCCUCUCUGCCACCAGCCGUCCUCCCAGGGGCCCUCCCAGGGGACUACCCAGGUCGCCCCAACCCCCAGCCCCUGUGCCUCCCAGUUCCUCUGAGUGUUUAAUCAGUCUUCGCUGCAGAGUCAGCCAUGGCUGGCCCCUGAACCACUGUGUGCCCGUUUCCUAGGGAAGGGGAGGGAGAAUAAACAGAAUAUUUAUUACAAA